AUGGAUUGUGGGCAGCUUGAAGUGUUCAUAGGAGAGAAGGAAGAACCACAAAUCUGCAUGCAAUCGGAAGAGAAGAGGGAAGAGGACGUCCUGUCACCAGAGUUGGAGAGGUUGGUCGCUCAGGAAGAACGUGAAAUGAAGCCUCACCAAGAAGAAACCGAAUUGGUAAACUUGGGGACCACGGAGGAAAAGAAAGAAGUAAAGGUAGGAACCGGUAUGACCGCGCCUAUCCGUCAAGGCUUGAUAACCCUGCUUCAAGAGUAUCAAGAUGUCUUUGCGUGGUCAUAUCAAGACAUGCCCGGUCUCGAUUCUGACAUUGUGCAGCAUAAGUUGCCUUUGAAUCCUGGGUCUUCUCCGGUUAAGCAAAAGUUACGAAGAAUGAGACCCGAGAUGUCCUUAAAAAUUAAAGAGGAAGUAAGGAAGCAGUUUGACGCAGGUUUCUUAGCUGUGGCACGGUACCCAGAGUGGGUGGCCAAUAUUGUCCCAGUCCCGAAAAAGGACGGCAAGGUUCGAAUGUGUGUAGACUACCGGGAUUUGAACCGAGCCAGUCCAAAGGACAAUUUUCCCCUGCCACACAUUGACAUAUUGGUAGAUAAUACAGCCAAGUUCGCCCUUUUCUCAUUUAUGGACGGUUUCUCGGGGUAUAAUCAAAUAAAGAUGGCGCCCGAAGAUGUAGAGAAGACCACUUUCGUCACCCUAUGGGGGACAUUUGGCUAUAAAGUGAUGGCCUUCGGGCUAAAAAACGCUGGGGCAACCUAUCAACGUGCCAUGGUGGCGUUGUUCCAUGACAUGAUGCAUAAGGAAAUAGAGGUCUACGUGGAUGACAUGAUUGCUAAGUCUCGGACUGAGGACGAACACCUUGUCAAUCUGCGUAAGCUGUUUGGAAGGUUGCGGAAAUACCAAUUAAAACUGAACCCAACCAAGUGCACCUUUGGAGUGAAGUCGGGCAAGCUGCUAGGAUUUAUCGUAAGUCAGAAAGGGAUAGAGAUAGAUCCCGAGAAAGUGAAGGCCAUCCUUGAAAUGCCGGAACCACGCACAGAGAAGCAGGUUCGGGGUUUUUUAGGCAGGUUGAAUUAUAUCGCGAGAUUUAUCUCGCAACUCACCCCUACCUGUGAGCCCAUUUUUAAGCUGUUACGUAAGAACCAGGCGGUCCUAUGGAACAGUGACUGCCAAGAGGCCUUCGAGAAGAUCAAACAGAGUCUCGCAAAUCCCCCGGUGCUUAUGCCACCUGUAACAGGAAGACCCCUUUUCCUGUACAUGACCGUGUUGGACGAGUCUAUGGGAUGCGUGUUGGGUCAGCAUGAUGAUUCUGGAAAAAAGGAGCAAGCCAUCUACUAUCUAAGCAAGAAGUUUACCGCAUGUGAGAUGAACUACUCAAUGCUGGAAAGGACGUGUUGUGCUCUGGUAUGGGCGUCACAUCGGCUUAGGCAGUACAUGCUCAGCCAUACCACGUGGCUUAUUUCCAAAAUGGAUCCCGUAAAAUACAUCUUUGAAAAAUCGGCCCUCACGGGACGAAUCGCCAGGUGGCAGGUACUAUUGUCUGAAUUCGAUAUCGUUUACGUCACCCAAAAGGCGGUAAAGGGAAGUGCCUUAGCGGAUUAUUUGGCCCAGCAACCCCUCCCGGAUUAUCGGCCGAUGCACCCCGAGUUCCCAGAUGAAGAUAUCAUGGCCCUGUUUGAAGAGAAGCGGACGCAUGAGGACCUAGACAAAUGGAUUGUUUGCUUCGAUGGGGCAUCAAAUGCUUUGGGCCACGGAGUAGGGGCAGUCCUUGUAUCCCCGGAUGAUCAGUGUAUUCCUUUCACGGCUAGGCUAGGUUUUGAUUGUACCAACAAUAUGGCCGAGUACGAAGCGUGCGCCCUCGGGGUUCAGGCGGCCAUUGAUUUUGAUGUAAAACUACUCAAGGUAUAUGGAGACUCAGCUUUGGUGAUACGCCAGUUAAAAGGAGAAUGGGAAACUAGGGAUUCGAAAUUGAUACCCUAUCAAACUCAUAUCUUGAGGUUAGCCAAGUGCUUCGACGACAUUUCCUUCCACCACAUACCUCGGGAAGAGAAUCAGAUGGCUGACGCACUAGCCACCCUGGCAUCCAUGUUUCAACUUGCCCCACAUGGAGAUCUGCCAUACAUCGAAUUCAAAUCUCAAGGCAGGCCGGCAUAUUGUUAUGCAAUAGAGGAAGAGCGGGAUGGGAAACCGUGGUAUUUCGACAUCAAGCGGUAUGUCGAGAAUAAGGAAUACCCACCAGGGAUUUCUGAUAAUGACAAGAGGACGUUGAGGAGAUUAGCUACUGGUUUCUUUGUAAGUGGUACUAUCCUGUACAAACGAAACCACGACAUGACCCUCCUACGAUGUGUAGAUGCCAAAGAGGCGAACUUCAUGAUUGAGGAAAUCCACGAAGGUUCCUUUGGGACACAUGCCAAUGGGCAUGCUAUGGCCAGAAAAAUCCUCAGGGCCGGCUAUUAUUGGCGCACCAUGGAAAGCGAUUGCUGCGCUCAUGUCAAGAAAUGUCAUAAAUGUCAGGCAUACGCGGACAACGUCAAUGUUCCGCCGCAUCCUCUGAAUGUUAUGUCCGCCCCUUGGCCUUUUACUAUGUGGGGAAUAGAUGUCAUCGGGGCCAUAGAACCCAAAGCGUCGAAUGGUCACCGCUUCAUUCUUGUGGCGAUAGAUUACUUCACCAAAUGGGUCGAAGCAGCCUCCUAUACUAACGUCACAAGGAAUGUGGUAGUUAGAUUCAUAAAGAAGGAGUUGAUUUGUCGAUACGGACUCCCCAGGAAGAUCAUUACUGACAAUGGCACCAAUCUGAACAAUAAGAUGAUGCAGGAGAUGUGCGAAGACUUCAAGAUCCAGCAUCAUAACUCUACCCCUUAUCGGCCAAAGAUGAAUGGGGUUGUAGAGGCUGCGAAUAAGAAUAUCAAGAAGAUUGUUCAAAAGAUGACGGUGUCAUACAAGGAUUGGCAUGAGAUGUUGCCUUUCGCCCUACACGGAUACAGAACCUCGGUACGAACUUCUACUGGGGCAACGCCGUAUUCCUUGGUUUAUGGGAUGGAGGCAGUACUCCCAUUUGAGGUAGAGGUUCCUUCUCAGAGGAUAAUGGCGGAGUCGGGCCUAGAAGAGUCAGAAUGGGCUCAAGCACGCUACGACCAACUUAACCUUAUUGAAGGUAAGCGUUUGGCCGCCAUGAGCCAUGGGCGUUUGUAUCAACGAAGGAUAAAGAACGCAUUCGACAAGAAGGUAUGCCCGCGCAAGUUCAACGAGGGGGACCUCGUGCUGAAGAAGAUGUCCCACGCUGUUAAAGAUAAUCGAGGCAAGUGGGCCCCGAAUUAUGAAGGACCUUUCGUGGUGAAAAAGGCUUUUUCUGGGGGUGCUCUGAUACUCACCCACAUGGAUGGCGAGGAAUUGCCUUCGCCCGUGAACUCCGAUGUAGUUAAACGAUAUUACGCUUAA